GAAAAUAAUUCAGAGGAGGCCUAAAUGUAAGAGAAGAAAAACAAAACCUGUUUAGUGAUCUCUGCACCUGUCCAUGUUGCUUAGUUUUUGAAGCGGGCAUUAACAGAGAGAAAAAGAAAAAGAAAAGAAAAGAUGAGUGAAUCUUCAGAUGCUGCAUAUGAAGGUCUAACCCUUUUCUCGCAGCACCAAGCCUGAUGCUGAACAGUCAAAGCUGUUUCCAGGGAUUACGCUAUGCAUGCUUGUCUGCUUAGUAACAACCCAUUUCCUCGGUCAAGAGACUCUUAACUGAUUGAUUUAGAGAGAGAACAGGUAGCAUCAGUUUUGUACAUAACUUCUUCAUUACUGUACCAAGGAAUGUAGUAUCAUAGAAGAUUUCUUUUAUAGGAAUUGUUGCCACAAAAAAGCCAGACAUGGCAAGGAAUUGCUCUGGUUGCAAAGAAAAAAGACCUGCACACAGUUUGUGUACAAAUUGCAACAAGUGGCUUUGUAGCUUAUGUACGGAAGAACACAGCCACAGCAAAGAAGCAGGAGGGGAACAUUAUUUGCCAGUCUCCUUGAAAGGAUGUUCAGGAGUUGAAGGGGAAGCCAAUGAAAAUCCCUUGUUUUGUCCGAUGCAUAGCCAAGAGAGGCUUAAGCUGUUUUGUGAGACUUGUGACGUCCUUACCUGUCGCUGCUGCCUCCUGACAGAGCACAAGGAUCACAGAUUGUUUGAAGCAAAACACUUGCAACGGAAAAUAGAAAAUCAGAUCAAAAUGGCCAAAAUGGUCCUGAUCAGUGAAAUAAAUAAGCGGACAAAUGUUCUCCUUGAACAGUUGGAGCGGAUCACCAGUGAAAGGAAGCAAAAAAUGGAACAACAGCUUCAGGGAAUUAUGAUGUUAAACAGGCAGUUUGAACACGUGCAAAACUUUCUUAGCUGGGCAGUAUGCAGUAAAAGCACCGUUCCAUUCCUCUUCAGUAAAGAACUGAUUGUUUUUCAGAUUCAGCGUUUGCUGGAAACCAACUGUAAUGCAGAUGUGGGUUGUCCUUGGAAGAUCAGAUUCACGUGGGACCCGUCUUUUUGGACUAAACAACUAUCCAAUAUAGGCCACUUGUCAAUGGAAGGGGGCCCAAGCCACCAUUCAGAUGUACCAACAUAUGCAAGUAUACAAGGAAUGCAGCCAUCUCUGUAUCACCAUCAUGGCCAUCAUUCUCCAGUGCCACAACAUGACCCACUCAAUAACCAGCCCCACCAAUAUCAGCCUCCUGUCCAUUGCCUGGCACCUAUGUGCUUUGCCCAUUGCCUUAAUAUCCCACAUAUGAACAAAGGGCAGCUUUCUCAUCAAACUGUGAGCCACCCUCAGCCUUUCCGCCAGCCUUCUGAAAUACAGCAACACCACCCACAACAUUUCCCUGUGCAGUACAGCUUGCAGCAACAUGAGAGGGAGCAGAGGUGUGCCCCACGGGUGCUGAAAAGCAUGCAGCCGUGUGCUGAGCAGAAAUCUCAUCAAGAGCCUGAUGGCCUAACUACCAGGUUGGGCAAGAACUCCCAAGAGCAGCCAAUGCACCUUCCACCUAUUUAUCCCCUUUCGUCACAGGAUGACCACCAAAGCCAAGGUAGUCAUUCCCAGCAACUCCCUGUACAGUCUUCUCUUCACAGUCCAACAGUGCAGGUUCAAGUCGGUCCCCUCCAGAAGCUAAAGCUGAAUAAUUUGCAGCAACAGCCACAGCCACAGCCUCCACCACCACAGCCUCAGCCACAGCCACAGCCACCACAACAGGAACAUGCAUUGCCACCCCCACCACCCCUCUCACCUCAACAGUCACCUGCCGCAGGCCCAAAUGAGAAAUCUCAUGAACACGUGAUACAACAGAGCUUGGACAUCAUGCACCACCAAUUUGAACUGGAGGAAAUGAAGAAAGAUUUGGAGCUUCUCCUUCAGGCUCAGCAACCCAGCCUACAACUCAAUCAGGCCAAGCAGCCUCAGCAUGUGCAGCAAACCAUUGUUGGCCAGAUAAACUACAUUGUCAGGCAGCCAGCCACGGUUCAGCAGCAAAACCAAGAAGAAGUGCAGCAAAUUGGUGAAGAUUCUGCUGAAUCAGAAGGUCAAAAACCAGCACUUCCUCUUGAUAGAAAUGUGAUUCCAUCUAUGUCUCAGCCAGGAGAUGAAGCUACUGUCAACAGGCAAUCUCCAGAGAGUAUAUUGAGUCCAGUCAGAAAGCGGUCAGCUUCAAUGAACAUAGUGGGUUUUCCAAACAUUUUAGAGGUUGAUUUAUCUUCAUCAAGGGCACCCAGACAAGCUGAUUCACAGGCAAAAGAAAUCUGCAGUGCAACACCUAGCCUGCCCCAGAAUGUAUCACACGUCUCUGAAGUGCUUCCUGAAUCUGUAUCUACUUAUAAUCUGUCCUUGGAUAGAACGAGGACCCUGAGUUCUGAAAAUAUUGAACAUUUAGCAAUUGGUGGCAUGCCUUUGGUAAACCCAGUUUGCAAGCUGGAAAAUGAAGAGUUUAGCCAUGUGAGUUAUCCUCUUGGGAGCAAUAUUGUCACUGCGCAAUCAAAAGCCAUGAAUGAAAUGGCUCUUCCUUUACAAAAUAUUCUGGAAGAGCCUAUUAAUCUCUCAGUGAAGAAAACUCAGCCAUGUACUUCCCCUCCCUUACUUAUCAGCAAUACAACCUUCAUGCAAUCUGUUAAUCCCAAACCAGGACACACUGAAGAUAGUCCUAACUGUGAAGAAGAACAUUUUGAAAAGGAAAUUAAAACUAGUGAGAACAACAGAAUUUGUGCCAAAGAAGUGAAAAUUCCAUAUGUGCGAUUGGAACGAUUGAAGAUAUGCACAUCAGAAUCUGGAGAGCUUCCAAUUUUUAAAUUGCAGCCACAGAAAAGUACACAUGAUGGGACAUUUCUGUUGAUUAUUGAAUGUGGUACUCAGUCUUCAAGCAUGGCUAUUAAGGUCAAUCAAGGACAUUCAUCUGAAAGUCUAAAUCCUAAGCUUGAAGAAAACCUGGAGAAAAGCAGGAUCCUCACAAGCCAGCUGACUGAACAGGUGUUACUUCCUUCAGGAGAUCACAGGCUAAGUAAUAAUAUGAAGAAAUCUGGGCUUCCUCAUGAAGAUCACACUAUUGAGAAUGAAGAUUUUUGUGCUGUUUGCCUAAAUGGAGGAGAACUUUUGUGUUGUGAUUACUGCCCAAAGGUGUUUCAUCUUUCAUGCCAUGUUCCUGCAUUACUUAGUUUUCCUGUAGGUGAAUGGGUGUGCACACUUUGUCGCAAUGUGGAAACACCAGAGGUAGUCUAUGAUUGUGAAAACACACGAUUUGACUAUAAUACACUCAUGCAAGCAAGACCAGUUUAUGGCCUUGGUGAAUAUGACCAAAAGAAGUGUGAAAAAUUGGUGCUUUCACUGUUCUGCAAUAGCUUGAGUCUUCCAUUCCAUGAACCAGUCAGUCCCCUGGCUCGCCAUUAUUAUCAGAUUAUAAAGAAGCCCAUGGACUUGUCCACUAUUCGGAAAAAACUUCAGAAAGAAGACCAACUACAUUAUACCUCUUCAGAAGAGCUGGUGGCUGAUGUGCGUCUUAUGUUUUGGAACUGUGGAACAUUCAACUAUCCUGAUUCAGAGGUUGCUGAGGCUGGAAGAUGCUUGGAAAUAUUCUUUGAAAGCAAGCUCAAGGAAAUUUAUCCAAUGAGGCAAUUCCCCUUGGUACAACAAGAUGAUUCUGAUUUAGAAGAUGUGGAACACGAGAAUAGUCAAGCAACCCCGGAAGGAUUGCAGUGGCCUUCAUAUAGGCAAGAGUGUAUCCAGCCUAAAAGAAGACGAAGACAUGCUGAAAAUGAAAAACCUAAAAGACCCAUGUUUUGGCCUGCGAAAGGUUUCUCACAAGUGUGACUUCUGUAACGUUGCUUGGUAUACUAUGAACAACAGCAACAACAAAGGAACUGACUUUGUAAGAGGAGGUGGAAAAUGUGUAUUUAAAGGCUUAAUAUGAAUUUCAGAAUGAUUGAUUGAUUUUAUUUCUGUGAAGGGAGGAUACAUUCUAAACAUUAUAUAUUUUAAAGGGCAGUUUCCAAGUUAUCUGUUAUGUUUCAUUAUUUGUAUUUAAACAGACGUUUAAUCAUGAAAUAAUAAUUAAUAAUGGUAUGCUAUUUUUAAAAUAAUUUUAUAAAUUCCUUUGAUUUAUAGUUUUUAGGUGAUAUAGCUACCUGGCUGUUUUCUGUAUGCAGGACAUAUUUCCCACUUGGUUUUCCUGAAAUAAAAUUAACUGUUAUAUUAUAGGUAGCACUGACUAAGUCUAUCCUCUCCUACACUGAAGAAACUGAAUUCCACCUUGCAGUGCCAUUCUAGGCAUGUGAUGUUGUUGGCUAAGCCGUGGGUGGUUGUCUAUAUCCUAAGAGACUAAAUGAGACAGGAAGUCUUGGUUUUUUACUUAAUAGAAUUCUAGAAUGUGACUCUACAAGAAAUAAAUGGAAAGCACACCAUGCAAGAAUGUUCUCUUGGGAGGUUUGAAUACCCUUCUGACAUCAGGAACUCAUACUACAGAUAUGUUUAGAUUAUCCUAAUUCUUGCCUGAUUUCACUAUAAAAUUUAGAGGAUGUUAUUGGAAUCCAUCAACAAGUGUGGGUUUUUGUAACUAUCAGAGUGAUAAGAGGAAGAGAAUACUUUUCUUGCCCCCUUUUGAUCAGUAUGGAAUCUAAUUUGAAAUAUAUUGAGCCCUGAUCAUGCUAUAUUCAUAAACCCACCCAUGUGCCUCAUACUCAAACCCAAGUGAAUUGUGUAAU